ACGGACUCAACAGAAGUUUGAGUAUGACCAGAUGGAGAGGGUUGGGAGGUACACAAUGGAGCGUGGACUGAUGUGCCCCGAGGCAGUGGUGCAAGGAGAGGACAGGCGGGACAGCGUUCGGUGGAGGGAGGGGGCGGAGGAGAUGGUAGGCAAGGUAUGGAAGGCAUAUCAACAAGUGCUUCUUGAGCCUGGGAGUUCGCCGCGCGCUGUGCUCCCCAGCCACAGCGAGAUCGCAAGCAUGCAGGCGGUGGAGACCCAAACGUGCGGAGUUAGUGGAGGAAUUGGAGGAGGUGAGGUGGAGGGUUACCAUGCUUGGCUUGUGACGCAAGCCAAGAGGUACAUUCUGUCGCAGACGGGUUUCGAGUUAGACGGUGCAGAUUGCUUCGUUGCCUGUCAGCAGUUUGAGGACGUCCACAUGCAACAGGGCAGGUUUGGCGAUUGGGGCGGGAUAAAGAGGCGUGCUCGUGGGCUCUCGUGUAGCGGUGACGCUAAGACGAUCGAGUGCUCGUCUUGGUGGUCCCAGUACGGGGCUGGCGCGCCUGAGUUGCAGCGGUGCGCUCUUCGUGUGGUGCACAUGUGGUCCUGCGCCUCUCCAGCGAAGAGGAACUGGGCAAUCCACGAGGGCAUCCAUACGAAGAAGCGUAACCAGUUGACCUUCAAGAAGGUCGUGCAGCUCGUUGAGAUCAGCGCAAAUGUGCGAUUGAACGACUAUCGGCGGGCAGGAUGCAGUUAUGUACUGCCAUGGCAGCGGGACGAGGGCAUGCUUGACUGCCAGGCAGGACUCGAGGUGGAGUCGGUGCACACUGGCACGCGCAGGGGGAUGACGCAGGAGGAGAUAGCACAACAGGUGACACUUAUUACGUGCGAUCCCAUCGGGACGUUCGCACCGCCCUCUGCUGAUGCUGUUUUUGAUAGACGUGCUUGCAUUUUUCGUCCGUACCCCAGGGACGAUGACUCGGAUGAGGAGCCGGCACCCGAGGCAGCAGAUGACCCUGCGCUCCCCAUCCCUCCUGAGAUCGACGAGACGCACGAGGAUGCCGACGACAUGGAGACAAGGACAUACACCGCAUGUCGGGCCGUGGACCGGGCUGAGAGGGAGAUGACGGGGAGAGACGAGGAUUGUUGGGGCCCAUUCGGGGAGGUGGUUUACACAGAGUCGUCCAUGCCAACACCUCCUGUUCCGAGUCAUGCACCACCAUCGCCUGUCUCGCCACUUCAGUCGGCCACGGCAGCGGCGGAGACGGAGGAGUUGGCAUCCUCCUUGCCUCAGCACGAACUUCUGCAGAGAUUUGUGGCGGUCCUUCGGCUGAGGUUACGAUCACCUUCCCUGAGGGUCUUGCAGGAGGAGGUUGGUCACCUUGCCACUCCGGCGGACGAGGGUGCUACCCCGAGCGGAGGAGGAGGUCAAGGCAGAGGUAGCGAUGGAGGGGGAGGUAGCAGCAGCGGAGGAGGAGGUACCAGCAGUGGCGACGGGGGAGGAGGAGGUGCCAGCUGGAGCAGCGGUGAAGGGGGAGAUAGCAACUGCAGUGGAGGGGAGAGAGGCGGUAGCGCCAGCGACGUGGUUGAGCGGGAUGUGUGUGAUACGACAUUAUUCGGGAGGACGGACAUAGAUUUGGAUUCCACCCGCAGUGUCACUAAGCUCACCGCACGCCUUCGGCCGGGUUUGGGAACCCACAGCAGCGGCGGUACCAGGACGACUGGAGCGAGGGAGCUUGCAGCAGCAGGUUGUGAGCCUCAGCGAGGUCGUGGCGGAGGAGUGUCCACCUCCUCCUUGGACCACGCUUUGAGAGCAGUGACGCGUGUUGUGCAUGAGCAGACUCCAUGCAAGCGUGUAGUGCCUCGUCCACGGCCCGUGCCAGCGGAGGGAGGCCCUGCACUUGGAGAGUCUUCGGGGGUGGAGGGGGUGGGGAUGCCUUGUGGAUCAUGCCGUCAGGACACGGUCGCACAGGCUAGUACGAGGGUUGUUCUGGUGAGGAAGGGAGACGGCCCUUUCACCAUCGAGGAGGAUGAUCCUAAGACGGCACCGACAGUUCAGGAGGAGGACGAGGAUUAUGAGGGUGAGGAGGAGAGUGAGGAGGAGGACAGCGAGAGCGGCAAUAGCGGUGACCACAAUGACGACGAUGAGCCCCCACCUCCCCCGCCAACACGUGCAUCGAGACGCUCCGCUGCGCAGACGUCUUCAUCCGCACAAGGGAAGAGGAGGCCAACAUCCGGCGCUCAAGGGGGUACGAGGAGGCAAAGCGGGAAGGGGAAGAGGGGUCGGUGGUCGUCAUGUCAGCACUCCGCUUUCCCCUACUUGCACACGACUUCGUCAUAUUCUGCACUGCUGGUUUUAGGUCGUGCUGUCUUAUCUUAGUAGUGUCAGGUAGUCACUGGUAGUCUGGUAGUGUGUGUGUUGUAGUUGUUGUUUUCUUCAUUUUUUUGUGUAUGAUUCUGGUAUGAG